AAGUAAUUUGUACUUAAUACAGUAGUUAUUAAUACUCUUUGAUAAUACUCACCUCAGAGAGUUAUUGUUCAGAAAAGAUGAUCCUGGCCCUGCUGGUGGGCUGUCUGCCUAACAGCAAUGUGUUAUGAUUUAGGGAAUGGCAGACAAGUGCCCCGCCCUCUGCCCCAGCCCUACUGGCGUGCCUAGAAAUAGUUCUGUGUGGUUUCUGCCACUCCUUUGGGUGGAGAGGCCAUAUGGUGCUGGAACCACCUUGGUUCCAGGCCUGGCUCUGCCACUUCCACUAACGUGAUCUCUAGAGGUCAUUUUCUUUUCUAAUAUUCAGUUUCUUUGUGAAUUCAGGAAGUUGAACAUCUCCAAAGUUGGACUUGACUUCUAGCCCCAAGAUUCUACAAAAUGAUAGUACUCUCCAGAGGGAAGCUUUAUCUUCUUCCCUUCUGUCCAUUAAAUGGACACUUAAAAUAUAUUAUUAUUUCAGUCCUGUGCUAGGCACUGGGGAUUAAAAAAUGAAAAGAGAAAGCCUUUGCUCUCAAGUCACUCAGAAUCUUCUAGGGAGACACACACGUCCACAGAUAAUUCCAACACGAUGAGGGGUUUCUGGUCACCCAGAGAUGAAGGACUUCUGCCUUAGUUAUUAGUAACAUCCUAUCAUGGGAAGUGGGAGAGGUGCAGGAAAUAGUUUCCUGAUCAUGUUUGGCUCAAAGAGGAAGGACAGUGUGUUUCAAUGCACUCUGGUUAACAAAAAAGAAAGUGUAUUUAUUUUCAUUGAGAAGAAGAAACCGAAAACUCUAGCAUUUAAAUAAAUAAGGAAGAAUUUAUUUUUCCUUUUCAGGUCAUGAGGCUAGUUAAUGAUUAGUGAAAUCCACGUGGGUGUUUUCUGAGAGGCUGGGUUAUGUGAUCUCUUUGGCUUUAGGGAAUUACUCCAUACCAGCUCUGAGAUUUCCAGCUCAGCAAUGGCCCCAGUUCCCUGGAAGAGCCGCUUCUGGGUGGGGGGCCUACUUUUGUGGCUCAGCGUUGGAAGUUCAGGGGAUGCACCUCCUACCCCACAACCAAAGUGCGCUGACUUCCAGAAUGCCAACGUUUUUGAAGGCACCGAUCUCAAAGUCCAGUUUCUCCUCUUUGUCCCUUCGAAUCCUAACUGUGGGAAGCUAGUAGAAGGAAGCAGUGACCUCCAAAACUCUGGGUUCAAUGCCACUCUGGGAACCAAACUAAUUAUCCAUGGAUUCAGUGUUUUAGGAACAAAGCCUUCCUGGAUUGAUAAAUUCAUUAGAACCCUUCUGCAGGCAACGAAUGCUAAUGUAAUUGCUGUGGACUGGAUUUAUGGGUCUACAGGGGUCUACUUCUCAGCUGUGAAAAAUGUGAUUAAGUUGAGCCUCAAGAUCUGCCUUUUCCUCAAUAAACUCCUGGUGCUGGGUGUGUCGGAAUCCUCAAUCCACAUCAUUGGUGUUAGCCUGGGGGCCCACGUUGGGGGCAUGGUGGGACAGCUCUUCGGAGGCCAGCUGGGACAGAUCACAGGCCUGGACCCCGCUGGACCUGAGUACACCAGCGCCAGUGUGGAGGAGCGCUUGGAUGCCGGAGAUGCCCUCUUCGUGGAAGCCAUCCACACAGACACUGACAAUUUCGGUAUUCGGAUUCCUGUUGGACACGUGGACUACUUUGUCAAUGGAGGCCAAGACCAACCCGGCUGCCCCACCUACUUUUACGCAGGUUAUACUUAUCUGAUCUGUGAUCACAUGAGGGCCGUGCACCUCUACAUCAGCGCCCUGGAGAAUUCCUGUCCACUGAUGGCCUUUCCCUGUGACAGCUACAAGGCCUUCCUUGCCGGACACUGUCUGGACUGUUUUAACCCUUUUCUACUUUCCUGCCCAAGGAUAGGCCUGGUGGAACAAGGCGGUGUCAAGAUAGAGCCACUUCCCAAGGAAGUGAAAGUCUACCUCCUGACUACUUCCAAGGCUCCGUACUGCACUCUGAAGCCUGGGAAGUCCCAGAUCAAGGCGACGGCAUUCCAUGUCUAUAAGAGUUGCACUCUCUGCUUCCAAGAAGUGCAUCACAGCCUCGUGGAGUUUCACUUGAAGGAACUGAGAAAAAAGGACACCAACAUCGAGGUUACCUUCCUUAGCAGUAACGUCACCUUCUCAUCUAAGAUCACCAUACCUAAGCAGCAACUUCACGGGAAAGGAAUCAUAGCCCAUGCCACCCCACAGUGCCAGAUAAACCAAGUGAAAUUCAAGUUUCAGUCUUCCAACCGAGUUUGGAAAAAAGACCGGACUACUAUUAUUGGGAAGUUCUGCACUGCCCUUUUGCCUGUCAAUCACAGAGAAAAGGUGAUUUGCUUACCUGAACCGGUGAAUUUACAAGCAAGUGUGACUGCUUCUCAUGACCUGAAGAUAGCCUGCAUAUAGUUUAACCUGGGCAGGACACAUCUUCUUGCGAUUUUUUUUUUUUUUUUGGAGGGAGGUGUGAUGAGGGAUGUAUGUGUGCAGCUUAUUGUAGACCACUACUGCUAUGGAGAAAGGCAAAGCUCUUUCUUAUUUUCUCCAUAAUGAGCCACCCUGGAGGGGAGGGAGAACUCGUUUUACAGAGCUUGGUUUCUGUUGCUGAUCUUAUGUACAUACCCGUUUUAGCUUUCCCAUGCAUACUUAACUGCACUUGCUUUAGCUCCUUGGAUAUCUGUACUUAGGAUUCAAUAGAAACAUGUACAGAGUAAACAAUUUUUUAAAAAUAAAACUUAAUGGAGUACCUGAA